GCAACUUCCGUGUACCCUCGCCAGACUUGCAGUUCUUUCCUGUAGCAUUCUUCUAACCAAGCGCGUUUCUUCAAACUGUUCUCAUCGGGUGAGUACCCAAAUGCGACAAAAUACAACUGACUGAAGCCUAAAGAAUCGAGACGUGGAUGAUGACGAGGUGAGGUAAUCCAGGCCACGACGAGCAAUUGAAAAACGAAAGAAAAUGAGGUGUCCCACAGAUGUCACUGUAGAAGAUCUUGACCAUGAGAAGCGCGAUCCCCUCCAUGUCAAACAGGAAGAGGAGUCCGAGAUGCCGUUCAUCAAACAGGAGGCAGAGCCAGAGACCCCCGACAUGAAAGAAGAAGACCAGGAAGUUGAAAUCCACAUGUUUCCAAUGGAUGUCAGUGUGAAGAGCGAAGAAGUUGAAGGACCAAGCGAAGAGAGCGGAGCAGCGAACCUUUUGACCGACAGUCCGUUUCAGCACGUGACAGCAAAAGUAGAGGGACGAUCGCAACCGGAGAGCCUCUCAGCACCGCUUUCGGACAGCGACGACAUAACGUCACAUUCUUCUGACUUUAAUACUGAUGAGGAGGGUGAUGACUUUGACCAAAAUGCUUCAAAAUCUUUAAAGAAGUCAUCAUUGAAAAGAGACACCAAGGAAUGCAUGGUUGGGAAACCUUUUCCCUGCUCAUUCUGUGAUAAAACAUAUUCUUGGAAACGUAAUUUAAAAGCACACAUGUGGAAACACACCGGGGAGAAGCCUUUUGCCUGCACACUUUGUGAUAAAAAAUACUCCACGAGGACAAAUUUAAACAUUCACAAAAGAAAACACACUGGAGAGAAGCCUUUCGCCUGCACACUUUGUGGCAAAAGAUACAUCGAUAACAGAGGAUUAAACAUUCACAAAAGUAAACACACGGGAGAGAAGCCUUUCGCCUGCACAAUUUGCGAUAAAAGAUUUAAUCAGAAAAGUGAUUUAAAAACGCAUAAGCGUACACACACGGGAGAAAAGCCUUUCGCCUGCACACUUUGUGGUAAAGGAUUUUCUCGGAAGGCUAAUUUAGAAAGACAUAAGCAUACACACACUGGAGAAAAGCCUUUUGCCUGCACACUUUGCGAUAAAAGAUUUUCUCUGCAUUGUAAUUUCAUUAGACAUAGGCAUACACACACUGGAGAAAAGCCUUUCGCCUGCACACUUUGCGAUAAAAGAUUUCAUCAGAAGCCUCAUCUAGAACGGCAUCAGCUUACACACACUGGAGAAAAGCCUUUUGACUGCUCACUUUGUGGUAAAAGAUUCUCUCAGAAAACAAAUUUAGCAAAGCACAUACGCAGACACACUGGAGAGAAGCCUUUCGCACUUUGCGAUAAAAGAUUUUUUCAGAAGACUGAUGUAAAAAAUCAUCAGCGUACACACAGCGGAGAGAGGCCUUUCGCCUGCACACUUUGUGGUAAAGGAUUUUCUUGGCCGAGUCAUUUAGAAAGACAUAAGCGCAUACACACUGGAGAAAAACCUUUUGUAUGCUCACUUUGCUUUAAAAGAUUUAGUCGGAAACGAACUUUAGCAAGGCACGCAAGAGUUCACACUGGGUAAACACCUUUGAAUUGCAGCGUGUGACAAAAUAUUCUGAUUCCUGCCACGCAUUUACAGUGGAAAAUUCGGUUAUUCGGUUUCCCUUGAGCCUCUUUUGAAAAAGUUGUUGAAAUGAUUUUUCAGGUACUGUCCUUUUUCUAUCCAAUAUAUAUGGCGGAAAACACUCAGGUGACUUGAAGUUCCAUUCUGAGACCCCCAAUUUGACCAAAUUUCAAAAUUGUCCGAUAUGCAUGUGUGAUACAUCAUUGGAAAGCUUAAAAUCUCAGUUUUCUGGGGGAAGAAAAAAUUUGAACAGAAGGGCAUUUAAAAAAGAAAAAAAAAUUUAAACAGCAAAACCCUAUCUGGAGGUGAGAGCACGCCAGAGCAGAAUUACAGACGUCAUGACUUUAACGAGAUAUUAUCGCGUAGUUUGUUUCGAUCCAAAAACUCCAUGUAGCAUGUACGUAUCACUGAGUGUCAAGGCACAGCUGUGAAUUGCCACAACCGGAUUUUUUGGAGAUUUUAUGGAUCAAAUAUAGUAAUAUAACAAGGGUCGUGAUGCAGAAAUUGCAGACAUCAAUGGGUGGUCGAGAUUUUCAUAUAUUUACCCCUUUAAAUGUUUUUUUUUUCAAUUUUUCUUUGUUUGGAUCGAUUAUCAUCUAACAUAUCGGACAAAAUUAAAUUAAGCGAUAGUUAAGUGGUAAAUUUCCGUGACGUUUUUUUACAGACAGCUUUUUUUUCAUUGUGACGUUAUUUGUUUUAAAGUUAAAAUAUGCAAGUGAAUAAUUUUAAAUUUUUUUUUUUUUUU